UCUUUCACCUUAACCACCUCAUAUUAAACACACUAUAUAUACCCGUGUAUAAUAUAAUAUAACAAACACAUCCACUUAAAAAAAGAAACCCACAAAAGGAAAUAAUAAAAUUAUAAACAACAAAUUUAAAAAUAAUAAAUAAAUAAAAAGAAAAUGCAGAGCUGCUUACAGAGCUGGCCCGAACCCGUGACCCGGGUCCAGAACUUAUCAGAAAGUGGUAUUCGGGCCAUACCCAACCGCUACAUAAAAAAGCCCGCGGACCGGCCCAUUUCUUCUGGCCCAAUUUCCGACAACCUCGAGAUCCCGGUUAUCGACAUGCGUGGACUCUUGUCUGAAGACAUCGAAAUACGCCGAAAAACAGAGGCCUCCAUCGAUUGGGCCUGCAGGAAGUGGGGUUUUUUUCAGGCGACGGGCCAUGGAGUGGGCCCGGAGUUGAUGGGCCGGGCCCGGGAGGUGUGGAGGGGGUUUUUUGGGCUGCCAAUGGAGGAGAAGCAGAAGUAUGCAAACUCUCCAGCGACUUACGAGGGUUACGGGAGCAGGCUUGGUGUGGAGAAUGACGUGGCGCUCGACUGGAGCGAUUAUUUUUUCCUGCACUACUUGCCGGAGAGUAUUAGGGACGAAGGGAAGUGGCCUAGCCAACCGGACUCAUGCAGGGAACUUGGGGCAGAAUACAGCAGACAAGUGGUUGAGCUUUGUGGGAAAUUAAUGAAGAUUUUGUCGACAAACCUUGGCCUUGGAGAGGACUUUCUUCAAGAAGCAUUUGGCGGGCCGGACGAAUUGGGCGCAUGCAUGAGGGUUAACUAUUACCCAAAAUGCCCUCAGCCCGACCUCACAUUGGGCCUUUCGGCCCAUUCUGACCCGGGCGGCAUGACCAUCCUCUUCCCUGAUGAAAACGUAUCGGGCCUCCAAGUCCGCCAUGCCGGCAAUUGGGUCACUGUCAAGCCCAUUCCAAAUGCCUUCAUAGUUAACAUAGGCGAUCAAAUGCAAAUUUUGAGCAAUGGGAACUAUAAAAGUGUGGAGCACAGAGUUAUAGUGAAUUCGGAGAAGGAGAGGGUAUCAUUGGCAUUCUUCUACAAUCCGAAGGGCGAUAAGGUCAUUAAGCCGGCCGAGCAGCUCGUCACAGCCGAGCAACCGGCACUUUAUCUACCGACGACUUUCAACGAGUACAGGCUUCACAUGAGGACAAAGGGUCCUAGUGGCAAAACCCAAGUAGAAUCACUUAAAUCAAGCCAAUAGUGAUAAGAAAAAUAAAUAAAUAAAUA